AUGUCGCUGGCAUGUGGCGCUGGCACCGCAGGCCAGCUGCUGAAGCCACUUGCUCACUCGCUUGCACAGCACAUGCCGUUAAGUUUCGACGAAAUCGGCCGCUACGAUAUUGCCGCCGUCCUUGACCUUGUACUGAACGUCAGCGGUGCCAGCCGAGUGACCCUCUUGGCAUUCUCCCAAGGUCUAACUUCGAGCCUGGUUCUCCUUUCUACGAAGCCAGAGUACAACGAGAAGGUUGACCUUCUUGUAGCCUAUGGUCCAGUGGCGAAUAUAACUAACAUAGGGUAUCCGAUUCGUGAGGUCAUAGCAAUCUCUGGGCCACUCUUCCUUCUUCUGGAUCCUUUGGGUGACAGCGGUUAUUUCUAUCUCCCCAAAGCUCCGAGGAAGCUGACGCAGCUCGUUUGUAGCAUCUUCCAAGGGCAACCCUGCAGCAUCUUACUAUCGAUUACGCUGUUCAGCAGUCCUGAGCAGCUGAACAAGACGAGAUUACCGGUCACGCUGUCGCAUUAUCCUAUUGGGACUUCGUAUCAGAAUCUACGACACUUCAUACAGAACAACAGAGAAAAGAACUUUCUCAUGUAUGAUUAUGGCACCUUCGAGAACAAACAGCGAUAUGGACAGGAGGAGCCUCCUGCUUACGAUGUGGAUCGCAUUACAGUCCAGGUAGCACUGUUCUCCUCAGAGGGAGACACGGUCGCCAAUCCGCAAGAUGUGUCUCUGCUUGCUGAGAGACUGGGGUCAAGACUUCUCUUCAAUCACGUUGUGGCUCCGCAAGACUUCCGUCACUUAGAUUUCGUGUACGGCUACCAAGCAACCAAUUUCUUGCACGAGAUUAUGUUAGACACAUUCGAACAGUACGCUGGCAGAAGCGCUUAACCAGGGCGACGAGGACCCUCAAGCAAAUGCAAAAGUUGUGCUAAUAGUGCCCGCAACAUCGCAAACGUUCGUGACAUUUACCUGGCUGCAGUGGUUUUCAGUCAUUUUAUGCUUUUACUUUUCCUUGUCCUCUGAAAUAGGGUAGCCAGCACCGACCUCUGAUUUAAUUACAAAUCAAUAUAGCAACAAAGGUACAUAA